UACUGUGUUGCUGCCUCCUCCUGGGUUGAUGGGAGAGUCAAACCCAAAAGUCCAUUUUUAUCUGUCAACUUUUUUCGCAGCCAGCCAGAAGUGAAUCCCGAAAGAUCGUUUGUUGAUCGAGUGAACGCAGGACGGGGUGCGCCUUUUUAGCACCAGCGGGAAAAAAAUAAUAAAGGAGUGACGAAACGCCGAGAAGGGAAAUCGUCUGGCGAAGGACACGGAUUGCAAGAAGAAGUAAAAGAAGAUGGCAUCACUCAAGGAUUGGGACAUAAUCAAACUGAACACGCUUAUAACGAAUGUGGAUGCCAAGCUUUCGGCUAGUACCAAAACGGACCGAGACUAUCAAAUCCUUUGUCUGGUUCGACGAAACGAUCAAAUUCUGCUUCGGUACAUCGAUGGCACGGGGGAGGUGCACUUGAUGCUGUUGUGCUGGUUUGCCGAGAAUCAAAAGUGCAUCCAGGACAUUUGCUUCGACAAUAGCGAAGCGUGGCUGUUGGUCUUUUGUUACGACAACACGCUUCACAUCGUUCCGGCACUCUCGAUCUGCGACAAAUCCACCCAUGUGGAGCCCACCUUCAACAGGGACGAAAUCACCUCCUUCAUCGUACCGUUCAUCGGUCCCCAUGAAUGUCCAAAUCCACAAACAUGUCCCAACAACUCGCACAAUCUAUCCUCAGCAGUACAAUCACACCGUUCGUCGAUCGUCUCAGAAGUCAGCUCCAAAUCGAGCCUAUCGGGGUCCGAACUGGGCACCGACCCGGUUCUCAAACGAUCCGAGUCCAUGCACACCACUCACAAAAUAGAUGAGAUUUUCUCCCUCAACAGCAUCUACAAUCAGCUUCACGGAGGUGAACAGCAGACGACCACGCAGGAUCCCAGCACACCGAUUGCGAUGAAAACGAUCGAGAAUUUCUUCGCCGAAGGGAAGGAUGAGAAUGCUGCUGCUGGUGAGGCUAGUGGAGUAGACACCAAAGCUUCAACUCCGCAAGAAUGUUGUAGUCGAACGAUCAGCUCCAGCAUCGGAUCGACGGCUUCGGUUUCUUGUCCGUAUCCGACGUGCUGCAGUUGGUGGGAAACGCUGACGAAUGAACCGCGAGCGAUUCUCGGAUACUCAGAUGGGUCCAUCUGCGUGGUGGCGUUGACACCAAACUGUCCCUUUUUGGGGAACACAAACUGUGAGAGAGGAUCGAUCGAGAAACUGAUCAUCUGUCAGGAUAAUAGCAUGGAAACAAUCAGUUUGAUGAUCAACACGUCAACCAAGGAGCAGUGGAAGCUACUGCUGGAGCAAAAAUCAAUAAAAUAUACGUUUCCGGGGGAUAUUUCUCCUAGUUCUAGUCAGGAGUUGAAGGCGGAGAUGUUGAAGUCGUUGGGGGAUGGAGAGAAGCCGGAUUCCGGAUUGAUGGAUGAUUGGCAGAUUGUGCUUUCACUGCCGAAAGAGGGUUCGGGAAGUGGAGUAGAGCAGGGAGCCGAUAGUGGUGGAGAGAAGGGUUCGAGUCCGAGUGGAUCAGAACCACAGUCUAGUGAUGAUUUCGAGAAAGUCGAAGGAGAGCCCUCGAGUGAAGAGGGAAAAGUGGACGGGAAGGAUCCACAGGGAGCGUUGCCAAAACUGUUCCCUGCAGCGAGGGCGAGACUUAUGUCUUUGAGGGAUCUAGGUGCGAAGAAGAUUGGGACACUGAAGUUGAAACUGUCCGAGAGUAGGAUCAAAGCCAAAGAGAAGGAAAGGAUUAAGGAACAUGCGGCGAAUCUGGCUGUGAUGGAGCUACCGGGGAUGUAUCCGGAGAUUUUGACCACACCGGCUGGGCCGUACUUUGUUGUCCAGUACAUGAACGGCAAGUACUUGUUAAGUGCACUACAUUCGUACUCGGAUACGCUUUCGGUGCACAGUAUGGACAUCAGUCUUAUUCCGCUACACAUCUACAAGGUGCCGAAGCAAUGCAAAUCGACUGUCCUAACGAGGAACGUCAUCUACGUUAUGCAUCACCUGAACCUGGGAUCGGAGAGGACAACCGAAAGCACAAAUUCAUCUCCGGAUGCAAACACGGAGACGGUCGAAGAGCUUCAGGAUCAGCCCCGACGCAAUACGGAUAGUAGCAUCGAAAAUCUAGGCAGCAGUCGAAGUCAUACGCAGGCCGAAGACGCCACGACGGAGACUACCAAUACGGAUACGGUGAAUGCUGUGUCUGUAGUGAGCUGCCAGAUAGCUGCGGUUAAAAUGGGAGACGACUGCGAUUUCAACGAACAUGCCAUGCUGGCAUUAUUCCAGUUUCCGGAUGAAAAGAUCCUGGAAAUUCAUCGGAUCAGUCCUUUGGGGGAUAGGAGCGAAUCGAAGGAUUCAGAUGAAUUUAGCUUCAAUGCACAGGACGAACCGGGGGACGUUCGAUCGUUCUUCCAAAAAUCGACCGUUUCAAACUAUCUCAAAAUGCAACGGAAUCUACGAAUGGACAAAAAGUUGGAAACUCACGAAAGCCAAGUGAUGGUCGGCGAGUUUCCGAGGGUAGAUUUCGAUCGAGCUUUGAUCAUCACAGAUAAAAACCUCUACUCGAUCGAACUGAACGAUACGGCGCGGAAUCUGUUCCUGAAGUUGGCACACAAGUCACUAUGGGCGGCUUGUGAAGAUUUUUGCACCACCUUCGGACUGCCGCUGGCGACGUGUGUGGAAUACGCGGGCGAUGUUCUGCUGAAGCGAAGGAAAAUUACCGAAGCGUUGAUGACCUACAACGUGGCGCGGUUGUCUCCGAUGAAAACGGCACUGAAGCUGGCUAGCGUGAAUGAAAAUGGAGCGUUGAUGAAGCUCUGCUCGAUGGCACUGAGAAAUUCGCACAUUAUCAACAGCCAGUUCGUGAUGCAUGACGUGAUGAGGCUACUGGUAGACGAGGCGCAUCUUGGGAACGUCGUUUACGAUUCGCUGAUGAAUCUCAAUGCCAAGGUUUCGCUGAAGCCGAUCAACGCCGGCGCCCAGUGCAGCGAUUUUUCCUAUGAAAAUGAUGACGUAUCGUGGGACGUGCAGAUUUCGACCACCGCACAGUUCCACCUGUCGAAUCUGAUGCUGCUGACGUUGUGCGAGCGCUGUGUCCAGGACAAAAACUACAUCCCGCUGUGGAACUUUAUCGUCACCAAUAGUAAAUAUCACACCAGCCUGGCUUGCAUCAUCCUCGCCCACGGUAAGCUGUACUCCUCCGUGGUCCUGCUGGCAAUGGUUCGUGGCACUUGUCUGGACGUGUUCAGCUGCCUGAUCGGAAUCUGGGAACAACUUGCGGAUCAUUCUGCGGAAAUCAACGCCUACGUCUACAACCUUUCCAACGAACUGUUUAUGGAAAGCUUGAUCUAUCUUCAAGAGUACACCCUGGAUUACUUUGAAAUGAUCCACAGGUGCAUGGACAGGUUUGAUAUCAACGUCCUGGAACGUCUCAUCCGCCAGCUAAACCCGUUCCACCCGAUCUACCGGCCGCUGAUGCACAAAUUAUCCAAUCACGACAGCGGCUCCGGUCGGGAACUGGACAAAAACCUGCUGCUCUUUUGCAAAUCUCUGAUCGAAACCUUCCUAGCCGUUUCGAUCCGUGCUCAAAUGGUCAAGAUGCAUAGUGGUAGUUUCCUGAAUGCUCUGAAGCACGUGCGGGUGCACUAUGAUGAGAAAUUGGUCGAAAUGCGCUUGCGGCAGUACUCGCCACUAUCGGCUGGGUUUUCCCAUGCCGGUUGCGUUGUGAAUAAGGUAGCCUACCUGUGGGGUUCCAAUGGGGUCAAUUGUGCCCUUAGCAGAACCCGGCUCCAAGGUGAUCCACUGGCUCCGAACGGAUCACCACCGACGGCGUUCUUUUUGAUGCAACUCGAUCUGGAGAUGAUUGCGGUACAGUGCGGACGACUGCAUACGCUUCUGUUGACCAAUAAUGGGGUUUAUUCGAUGGGUGCCAAUAACCUGGGCCAGCUGGGUAUCGGAAACCACGUGCUGAAUGCGUUGCAGCCAAUGUAUGUACAUGCUUUGGAUGGGAAGAGCAUUACGCACAUUUGUGCCGGACAGUACCACAAUGCUGUCGUGGCGAAUGGAUUGCUGUACACCUGGGGAUGGGGAAUUUUUGGUCAACUAGGUCACGGCUCCGUAGCUGACUGUGCCAAACCAAGGAUGGUGGAGUUUUUCCGGAAGAAGAAUAUACAACAAAUCGCAUUGGGUCACGCCCACACUCUGGUGCUCUGUAGACAGGAAAGCAAUUCCAAAAACGUCCUAUACGUGUUCGGAUCCAAUCACUACGGGCAGCUGGGAUUGGGCCAGGAAGAUAAAUUCAACUUCACCGUCGAUACUCGCAAUGGAAAGUCCUUUGUCCUAUCGCUGAUCCCACGUCGGGUAGAUUUUGACGAAGAAAUCCUCCUCAUCAAUACAAAGCUCUUCGUUAAUUUGGUCCUCACUAAAAGCAACAAACUCUACACGUGGGGCGCUUCACCGCAGGCGCUUCGUUUGGCAAAUCAAGCUCGCAAGCGGGCGAAAUCAUCGCACAGCAAAUGCCGAUCAAAUGUAGCGCCGCAGUCUGCUGGUCCUUCAUCGAGGGCCACAGCGGAACCGGAAGCCACAGCCGAAGGUGAUUCGGAACAAAAAUCACCGGCAGGGCUGGAUGUGGAUGGGGAAUCGAAAGAACAACCAAAGAAUGAGGCGGUAUCGGAACCGCUAGAAGCGGUAGCGGAGCCAAGGACACCAAUCGGUCCGAUUCCGGAUAUCAAAAUCGAGGAUACCAGUGCCGGGGAGGAGUCGAAGACGCCCGAAACGGAUGAAAAGGUUGGAUCCGCACCUGGAGAGGAAUUCGCUGAACAUCUGUUCCCCAGUGUGGUGGAUACGACGCUAGUCCAGGACGAUAUUGUCAGAAUCUCCAGCGGCCUGUACCACUUUGCCCUGGUGACGUCGCGUUCGAAUAUCUACACCUGGGGAAAAAACAUUGAACGCCAACUGGGGAGAGAAAAUGGUCGCAACGAAGUCCUUAUCCCAACCAAACUGGAAACCGUCACCGGUGUGGAGUACGUCGAAUGCGGUGCCGAUUUUACCCUAAUAAUGACCGACGGCGGAACGGUUAAAUCCUGGGGCAAUAACAACAUGGGCCAAUGUGCCAAGGAAAUCAACCAGGAACGUAGUGGCGUUCCGGGAAAGCUGGUACGCUUACCCAUCUCCAAUAGGUUGGUGCGGAUUCCGGACAGUUCGCAGUUUAUCGAAUUGCCGCACGAAAUCAAACUACCUGCAAGCGAUGGAAGUCACGAGUUGGGCAAUCAAACGAUGCGGUUGAUCAAGUCGAUGCCGAAAUUUAAGCGGAAUUUCGUCAUUAAGAGCACCCUGGAGAAGACCAUUAGCAAUAACAUUUCGACCAUUAGCUCCAGCUUGAACGAUGUUAGCAAUACAACGGAGAUGGAUGACUUUGUUGGAGAAUUGAGAAGUGCGUUCGAUUGUAGGAUUCAGCACCAGAACGCCAGUACGAUGUCCUCACUGCAGUCGGUGUCGUACGCUACUUCCCCAACAUCGCUGGCCGUCGAUGACGAUGAAGAUGACGAAGGUUUGGAAGAUAUGGACCCGGAUGAUGGGAGUUCCAAUUCAUCGCGUUUGUUCAACGAACGUCAUCUGCUAAGUAACGAUUUCAUCCACUACUGCUUGUAUAUUUUCCACGGGCUGUACGGCCAGGAUAACAUCCUAGAGUUGACCAAACGCUGCAACGAGUACCACAUCCGAAUGAUGAUGUUGAACUAUGACUACGUGGAAGCGUUCCACCUGAUCCUAGAACUAUUAUCCGGAUCUCUGUCCUCAUCUGCCUCGCCAGCUACCAUUGCCAAAACAACAAUGAACUUGGUCAAAAUCUUCGAAUACUUUACCAAAGACUCCAACAUCAUCCCGAUGGAUACGGCCAACUUCAAGUACUUCAUCUACGAACUGUUCAUGUUCUUCAUCAAGCAUAACAUCAACCUGGACGUAUUGGAGGAGUACUUCCUGCGUAACCUCGAGUACUACCUGGUCCAGCUGGCAUUCGUGCUGUACUUUAGCAAUACGAACAACAUAUCCGCUGGAAUGCGAGGUAACGUAGACAGCGAAACGCUGGAAAUGGAACGCCGACUGCUGGACAAGUUCAACAACAACGGAAACAACCUGCUGGCAGCGGAAGCUUUCGGUCCUAGUUCUCCGCAGUCGACCGGAAAGGUGGUUCGAAAGUUGGAAAAUACGGAAACUAUCAGCAAGGCCCUGUCGACCAAGUUUAGCGUGAUGCUGUGCCAGAAGUUGAUGGAGUACUUUGAACGCUUCAAAUGACUACAUAUUUUCGACGACGAGGACGACCGUGGCGAGCGGUCGCGCUGAAUUUCUGUUUUACUAGGUUUUUUUUUUUUAAUGUGUGCAAGUCAAGUCAAAGUUUUUUUUUAGUAGAUUGUAAACAACGUACUUACGACAUCACACUGUUUGUGUUGUAUGGAUAGCUUUUUAUUUUUUUAUUAUUGAAACUAGAGAUUAGCUUAUAUAUUUAUUAUGCAAAGUGUCGUGUGUGCCGUUGUAUUUUCAUUUAAAUAGAUGAUGGAUUGCCUAGGUCUCAACUUGAACUGAAUAAUGCAGACGUAACAAACACAUAGGCAAGUUAGUUUCAGUAAAGUUUCUUGCAAGAAAUUGAAAGACUGAAAAUCUUACUGAACAAAAAUACUACUAGAAGUUACAUCACACUGUCAACAUUGAAAUUUUCUACAUGUUUCACUAAUGUUCUUAAUUGUCUCAAACAUCCAAAAUAAUUGCAGAACUUUUAAACUGUCUUCUUUAUUUUAAUUUUCCUCAAUUUCUUUCAAUCUCCAUCCGCUUCCACUACACCUACUCUUUCCCAUUUUCCGAAACACUUUCAAUCGGAAUUCUGAACCACACUACUUCAUAAGAUUGAUCCGUAAAUGAUGCGCAACAAAUAUUUUGCACAUUUUUGUGUGUGUUUGAAACAGUGCAAUGUUUAAUUGCAAUACUUAUUUUAGAACACAAUCACGAAAAGCUGCAAUACACUCUUAGGAAAAGAUUCGGAAUGAAUAGCUAGCCUUUGGACACAGCUUGCGUGGACAUUGUUAUUUAUUUGCCUCGACUCAUCGCGUAGUUUUAAAUGGUAGAGAAAUUGGCAUUCGACUUACUACUUAGAUUUAGGAAACAUAUUUCAUUACUCUGAAAAUAAACUAUCAACAAACCCAUACACGCAAAAGUUUAGAAUAAAGAAGAAUGAAGCAUCAUGGAUAUUUGAACCCAAAAUGCUGGAUUAGAAAGACAAUUAAACUCUGAUAUUGUUGGAAUUGUUUGCGAUACCUAUAUUGAGUUGACUCAAAAUAUUAACGCAAAAUAAAGGAAUGUUUUUCAUGAUUAAAA